CUGUGUACUGCAGCCAUGUUCCACGGAUUGUUGUGAUUGUAUUUCGUCUGCAGUUUAUGGCAUUUAAUAAAUAUCUUUUACUUGUUUGUAUCUAAAAUUAAUUGACUCGAUUGAUGGUGGACCAUGCGAGAAAGUUAAAGUGUCGUGGUUCUGUCAGAAACCUAAGCAUCAUUGAUGUUUGGUUUCGCGUAUGCAUCGCGGACGAAGUAAUCAUUUCUCGAUAUAAACGAGUUAAAAUAGCAUAAAUUGGAACGGAGAUCUCUUCGUUAUACUGUGAGAAAUGAACACCCCGACAACCAGAGAUGUUCUGCGAAGGGCAGACGGAACACGUAGGAGAUCUGCUCGGCAAGCUUUGGCAGCUAUUCCUGUCAACAAUUCCGCGUCGCCUGGGGAGACAGUCUCUGCUACUGAAGUUAAUGCAAUGGACAAUUUUUUAAACAGUCGACAUGGUUCUGAAUCUUGGAGCCCAGCACCUAGCCCAGAUGAGAUGGUAAUUCAAAAACGUGGACGUCGUCGGAGAACUAUAGUUUGGUCUCCUGAUCUUGACACUUGUAAAAGAAAUAGUCUAUUUAGUUUAAGCGCUAAAGACCGUACUCCAGUAAAGAGUCCAUCAAAAUCAACUAUGGUGCUGAGAAGUACUCCCAGGAAAAGACUUGCUCUUGGUGAUACCAAUGAGUCUCAGUUCACAACACCGGAUAAGAAGAAGAAACCACAGAGUACAUCAGAUAUUAAUGAAAAGUAUUUCAAUGGAAAUUUAUUAAAUGGUUUAAGAGGUCUCAGCCAUGAUCAGUUAGUACAGAUGAUUGUGGAUUUGGUAUCUAUGCAAGAAGAUGGUCUUCUAAACGGAAACGAAAAAAUACGCAAUAUUUUGUUGAAAAAAAUGCCUGUGGCUGAUAUACAGCCAUUGAUCGAUGCACUGAACAAUUUGAAACAAAAUAUUCGAGUCCUUAUCGUGCCAUCCAACUUAGAGGAAUCGUUAGAUGACCAUGCUCGUAUUCAUUUAGACGCGUUUCAGAAAGCUAUUGUGGAUCAAGCUAAAAGGCUUGUGGAAUCACAGCACUGGAUAUCUGUGAUGCAUUACGUUUACGCAGCAUGGAAUAUUACAAAACAGUUACACGAGUGGGACAAUCAAGUUCUGUGUAAUUUGACUCAUAAAUGUUUUAAAAAUUUGACACAUUUUUGUUCGCUAGCAUUAAAGAAAGGAAACUUUCCUGCUACCGUACUGGAUAUGUUUGCCGAGAGGCUCGAGACAAUGGUUGUUGACUUUGAGGAUCUAAAAGUUUGUUUACAGUUGAUAAACGAAGUUAAAAACAACUAGAAUUGAACAUUUAUUCUAUGUCGUUAACUGUCGGGGCCAUACAUAUAAACAUUAUCUAUAUAAACAUAUAUAUUUUUAAUAUAUGAUUAAAUUUUAAUUGUGAUGUAAGGGCUCCGUAAGGAGUUCUAACUGGUACUGUUAAAUUAUUAUAUUUUUUUACUCUACCUUUUUAUAACUUUCAUACAAUUAUCUAAUGAGAUUCACAUGGACCGGUAUUAUCAUAAUUUUAAGAAUAUUUAAAUAUUCUAGUGAUAUUAUUAUGUUGGAUUGUUUAAAAUGCUUGAUGUUUCUAUUUCGAAACUGCGAUUAAUAAUUACGUUUGAUAAAUGUUGCUUAAAAACAUGUUAUGUUAUCAGUAGAAAGGUAACUCGUAUUAAACACGAGUAUAGUUAAGAUCAAACGUUUGUUAUUUAUAUUUACGAUAGAUACGCUAAAUAUUUAAGUGGUUUUAUAUUCUUCUAAUGCCUUUCGUGUGUAUUCGGU